UGCAUGAUGGUGAUGAAUUCUCGUCUGGAAUUCGAUUUGUUAGUGUAAUUAAAAGCCAAAUUAGAAUAAAUAAUAAUUGGUUUGCAACUUAGUACAACAUUGUAUGACAGUAAAGAGAUGGAAAUCCGUUUGGAAGACUUCAACAGAUGUUGUCGCUGCUGUCUUGCGGUGGUGGAUGCAAUGAAACCUAUAUUUGGUGCUUGUCUCAAUGAUAUGCUUGCAAAACUAAUGAGUUUUCAGAUAGUACAGGAUGAUGGGUAUCCGCAGCAAAUGUGUUCUCAAUGUGUACUCAGACUGAGCACUUCGUACACUUUCUACACAAUGGUGAUGAGAAGCCACAAGGUUUUAGAAGAAAUAUUAAAGACAGCUGAAAAAAAUGGGGGACUAUCAGCUUCAGCAGGAAACAAGGAACAAAGGAAAGAGAAAUUAUACACUGAAAUAGAAAAGACAGAAGAAACUACAUCAGAGAAAGGUUAUAUUCAGAAGAAAGUGCCUACUGACCAAAAUUUCAUUCCAAAAAAAAAUACUGCAAAAAACACGCCUAUAAUAUCGGAAUCGGAGAAUAGUGAGGGUUCUGAUAAAGAAGACGAUUAUCACUGUUCACAGUGUGAACAUACUUCAAAGAACCAGGAGACUUUUGAGGUACAUUUACCCACACACUUGGUUGGACCUAAAAAUAAUUCGGAAGACCUGGACGCCUGCGCGCAACUGUGUAAUAUAUGUGGAGCUAGGUUCCGUUGGCGGACGUCGCUGUUCAAGCACUUGAGGAGGCAUCGCGGCGGCCGACACCGGUGCGAGGUCUGCCAUAAAGUGUUCGCCGAGGCGUCCACUCUAAAUGUGCACAUGGUGAGCCACGGCUUAAAUAAAAAACCCUACGAAUGCAAUACUUGCGGCCGCACGUUCACUCAACAAUCCAGCCUCAGAAAACAUGCGCAGACGCAUGAUGCCCGCUCCCAACUAAAGUGCAGCGACUGCGAUAAGAGCUUUCUGCAUAAAUAUUCAUUGCUGAGACACCACGUAAACGCUCACUCUGCUAACGAGUGUCCGUUCUGUAGAGAAAUAUUUAGAGGUAAGAAACUCCUGGAUGCACAUAUGAAGCUUCACAAAAAGGAGAUGGACAGCCCAAACACAGAAAUGUUGACGGACAAUGAAAUGGUGACUGAAUCAAUAAAUAUUCAGGCAGUUACGGUGGAAUUUCUGUGUCUAAUAUGCACUCAAAAGUUCCAAAGCAGAGAGAGUCUAGAGGUACACAUUUGCGCCAGAGAUAAAAUCAACUGAAGACUAACUAGAAACCAACUACUUUGUUAUUUAAUUAUGGUUUGUAUUGUAAAUAGAAAGAAUAAUAAAAAAUGUUAUAAUAA